AGGACAGGUAGCCAUGACGUAAAUGCUUCGCUGCAGGCAGCAGGUGAGAGUGGAGGAAGGGACGAUUAGAGGUGGAAAGUCCGUGAACAUAAAGCGACACCAAGGUCGUGGUGGCUCUUCUGGGACGAAAAUAAGAAAGGAAAAACAAGCUGAAGGAGAAAAAGACAAGAAAGGCCAUGGAGGCCAUCUUGGGGGAGGAAGAUGAGACUUUUACUAACAUCUCGCUGGAAGACGAUCCGGCAGGGGAUGAAGUCAAUGUCAAAUAGGAAAACUCAGGAUGACUGCUGGAGAAAGACACGACGAUGUGGACAGCAAAGCUGCAACCCUGUAUACUCAGCCGGAGAACGAUCUCUUCAUCAUGAAUUGCGAUAUAGAUGGGGACAUGGAGAACCAGGUGGAGAUGGAGGAGAAGACAAGGCUGAUAAAUCAGGUGUUAGAACUUCAGCAUACUUUGGAAGACCUGUCAGCGCGAGUGGAUGCGGUGAAAGAGGAGAACUUGAAGUUGAAGUCGGAGAACCAGGUACUCGGUCAGUACAUUGAGAACCUCAUGUCUGCGUCCAGCGUCUUUCAAACCACCGACACCAAGAGCAAACGCAAGUGAAAGGGGGGGUGCCCCUCCCGCCUCUCCACAGACCUGGGUCCAAAUUCAAAACGUUUGUCACCUGUUCUGCUUACUCUGACAGCGCCGAUCCACUUUUAAUUUCUCAUCUGGGACUUGUUCCGGGUUACUACUGCAGUGAAAUUAUUGGCAGACGAGUUGAGUUCUAAUUUUUGUGUGCAAAGCAUACAUGUAAAAAUAUGUAGGUAAUUCAAUGGUUGCAAAUAGCUGGAGUUAACCGUGGAGCUUAAACUGCCCAAGUAGAUUUAAUUAAAUAUUCACAUAUUUUACACACCACUCUCCACUCAAAAUAAUUUAGCUACACAAAUACUUAACACUUUCAAGGUGUUAAGUAUUUGUACUUGCUGCCCACACUACAGACAAGGAAGAUGUGUCACAUGACUGACUAAAUAGCCCAUAAAAGGGUCAUGAGUCACUUGAUACUUUACUGUAAUGUCUGAAGUCAAACCCUUGGAUCAUUGUUACAACCUGGUUCUCAGAUCCCAACUUCCUGUUUCAUACUCCAACAUCAGUGGGGUGAUGAAAACCAGGCUUUUAAUGAAAAAUGUUGACUUUUAAAUUUGUCCUGUUUUUGUUCUGAUCAUUAUGAUCGCACAUUGCAUGCCCUUUUUCCCCCACUGCCAAGCAGAAACCAUCCCUGUAAAAUUUACAAGCAUGCAUACCUCAUCACACCCAUUGUUAGUUCAGCAUUUCUAUAAUUACAGCUUGAGUUUUGUCCAUUGUGACAGUAAAAUGACUUUUUGACGCUGGUUUGAAUGAAAGUGUUUUUCCGGGUCCGGUAAGAGAGGAAGCUGGAGAACAGAUGCGUUCUACUUAAAAGCAGUUAAGUGCUAUUGAUCCACUGAGGAAUACCAGGACCGGAAAUGUGAAUGAUAGAUUGAAUUACAAAAUGAAGGGAGUGUCCAUUUUUCAAAAUUGAAUUUGCAGCCAAAUUUAAUACUCUUGUGAAAUACGGAUCUGCUUGGAAAAAAAAAACUAAAUCAUGGCUUAACAGUGGGUGGAAAUGCUUCUGUAAAAAAAAGGGAAAAAGUUGUAAUUUAUUAAAUGUUUUAUGUUUACAUCGUAUGAAAAUGUUGAGUACAGUAUGCAGUCAAGGAUUCAUCUUAUGUGAAAGUACUGUGCACUGUUACUUAAUUUUUUGUUUUUAAUAAAAGCUUAAGAUCUUUGCUCA